AUGGCGACUCCAACACUUGGCCAUGUGUUCCCUUGCCUAUUGUAUGCUUGCGCACCAUUCUGCGUCUCUUCUGGCUGGGUUGUGGUAAUAUCUUGCACAAGUGGUGCUGGGGGACUCCUCCGAAUAAUGGUUGGUGCUGGAGCCAGAGAUUGUUCUGGGAUGUCAUCUUGGGGUGCUGCUGCUGGGGUUGGUGUUUCAAUCGAAGGUGUUGGUGCAGGUGUUGGCGUGUUACUUAGUGGUGAAGGAACAGGUGAUGGUUUUGGUGCUUUCUUUUUGUGUGCAGGUGCUGGCGCUGUUGGUGCUUCGGCCGGUGUUGGGGAUACUUUUGGGGUAGGCAAUAAUGGCAGUGGCGGUGGCGAAAUAGGGGCUUUUUUGGGUGGUUUUGGUGGAGGGAUUUUGGGGGAUGGGUGUUUCGGACUUGAUGCUGGUGUAAUCUUUGGAACAGGUGGUUUUACUGGUGCUGUUUUUGGGGGUGUUGUUUUUGGAACGGGUGGUUUCAAAGGAGCUAUCUUUGGAGGUGUUGUUUUGGGAACUGGUGGCUUCACUGGAGAGGAUAUUGGUGGUAAAGGCUUGGGAUCUGGUAAUUUCACAGGAGCAGACGAUGGAGAUGUAGCUUUUGGGAGUGGUGAUUUCACAGGAGCAGAUGUUGGAGAUGUAGCUUUGGGAAGUGGUGAUCUCACAGGAACAGAUGAUUUUGGAGAUGAAACCUUAGGAAGUGGUGAUUUAACCGGUGCAGAUGAUGUUGGAGAUGAAACCUUGGGAAUUGGUGAUUUACUAGAAGUGGGAGAGGUUGCUACUGGUGGUUUCCUUGAGGGAAGAGGGGUUGCUAUGACAAUGGGAGGCUUUGUAGCAGAAGUGGGGGAAGCUGCAUUUGGCAAUUUGGAGGGUGAAGAUGUGGCUGCUGGUGUUGGCUUGCUAGUUGAAGUGGGAGAAGAUGCUUCUUGUUGUUUGGCUGCUGAUGGUGCAGAUGGAGUUGUGUUUGGCAAUGUUGAAGGUUGA